AGUUGGAUUGGGGGUGAGUUGCGACCCCCCCAAGCCCCGCGGGAACCUCUCCUCCAGAUCUGAACCCCAGGAAUCCAGUCCCUAUGUGUUCAGUGUCCCCACCAGUAAAACGGAUCGCUCAAGUGGCCCGAUCUGGAUUGGAUGGCCGCCUGGCAGGCGUGGCCGGCAUAGCGGGGUGCUGAGGGGCGUUGGGGGGACGGGACAGAAAACAGAGGGGCUUGUCCGCCCUGCAGCAAUGGCUCAGGAUAAGAAUCCCAGACUGCAGGAGGUGAAGGCCCGCGUUGAGACCUCACACCACAUUACAGAUCUGGACCACAAGCUCCACUUCUACGACCACUGGGCCACCAACUACGACCAGGAUGUGGCCACCCUGCAGUACCGUGCCCCCAGCCUCGCCGUCAGCUGCCUCGCACAAGCGCUGACCAUCCCACCUGCCGAGGCCCUCAUCCUGGACGCGGCCUGUGGCACUGGCCUCGUGGCUGUUGAGCUGACGACUCGGGGCUUCGUGCAACUGCAUGGGGUGGACGGGAGUGCAGGCAUGCUUGCCCAGGCCCGUGCCCGGGGCCUCUACCAGAACCUCCAGCUCUGCACCCUGGGCCAUGAACCACUGCCGAGUCCCGAAGGGACCUACGAUGCAGUACUGAUGGUGGGUGCACUCAGUGAUGCCCAGGUACCCUACAGUGCCAUUCCCGAGCUCCUGCGAGUGACCAAGCCAGGUGGGCUGCUGUGUCUGACCACGAGGUCAAACCUGUCCAACCUUCCCUACAAGACGUCCAUGGAGGCCAUGCUGGACAAGCUGGAGCAAGCCGGGGCCUGGGAGCGCCUGGUGGCCUGGCCCGUGGACCAGUGGGAACUGGCCACAUCUGAGCAGGAAGUGGUCUCAGAUCCCUCGGCCUCCACGGCCGACCCCAGCUUCAUCUCGGGCAUCGUUUACCUGUACCGCAAGAGCCUGCAGAGGCCCCAGGCAUAGGACGAGUGGCCCUAGCCCCCAUCCCCACCAGCCACCAACCCAACGAGCCUCUGAUUCCCAGACAGUCCUCUGAUCUGCUUCGUUAGGGGGGGUCACUGUUGUCCCUUCCCCACGCCCGAGGCCACAUUAAAGGAAGCAGUCGGACAUCA